AUGCAUCAAUCUGGCGAUAGCCCUGACUCCCAGCCCUCCCUCGAGCAACGUCUUGAAUACACUUUCCAAGACGAAGAUCCAAGCAAUCGCCCGCCGUAUUCCCGGCCGCCCUUGGAUGAAUUCGGCGAGGUAAAGUGGCGCGCCCAUUGCCAGUGUGGCAAGGUAUCAUACAAGUUGAGACGCGAGCGACCGUUGAAGGCCAAGUUCUGCCAUUGUCGCGGAUGCCAAGUCAUGCACGGCGCACCCUUCCAAUGGGCAGCCAUCUUCCCGAAAGAGGACGUGCGCUUUGACAACGGAACGAGCGGUCUAUCAUUCUACGCAGCUCGAGAAAAGAAUACCAAAUAUCAAACACCCACCAAAGUCUCUUGCGCUGUUUGUCGGACUCCGAUCAUGGAUGAAGGGCGCAACAUGUGCCUGUUGUUUCCGCAAUUGAUUGACUUUUCUAGCUCACCGGAGGAGCAACGGGAGCGGGUUGAAACGUUUUUACCAUCGUGCCACAUAUUCUAUGAAUAUCGGUUGCGGGAUAUCCACGAUAGUAUCCCUAAAUGGAGCGGGAUUGACGAGGAAAGCGAACGUCUGGAUGAUAGUGGAAAGCCCCUGGAAGAUCCAGGCGAGUAA